CAUUUUAGAAGAUGACACAAAAAUAUGUAAUCAAAACAACUAUGAGAUGAAUAGUCCCGGAAAUACUUGUGUGCCUCAAACUUUGCUCAAAGAUACUCUUCAAAUGCUCAAACAAGUGUAUCCGAUUUUAAUGCGAAAAGCUAUAGCAGCAAAAUGUGAAAGCACUACAGAAAAACCAUAUUUGGGUGAAAAAGAGCUAGUUAAGAUGUUUGUGUCCCCUGAUAAGGAUGAAUCACAAGUUAAGGAAUUAUUGAAAAUGGCUCAAUUUCUUGCCUUGCAAAAUCCGAAAUGGAAAUUGUAUCCAGUGCAAGUUCCCUACUCAUCUGAGCUUGAGGCACCAAUUAUCACUUCAAUGCAAGAAUUAAUACAUGCACGUUUGAAUGAAUACAUUGGGCUAGUCAUUAAUGAGCCGGAGGUACCUUGGCAAUGUGCAGCGAAAAACAAACUCUUAAAUCUCUUUACGACUUUUCUGUUUUUCGCUAUAGUUGGAUUAACUUUCCUCAUAGUCAAUAAAGUUGUGAUUUCCUACAUGAAAUACAGAGAAAAGAAAGAAAAACAAGUCUUUAACUUAGUCAGCGAAAUUAUUAACAUGCUGGAAACUCAUUACCAAAGUACUACUAGUCCAGGUGGUACACAAGAAAGCUAUUUGGCUGUCAAUCAUAUUAGAGACAAUCUUAUCCCACCAAAAGAUAGAAAACAUAUGAACGAUGUAUGGGAGAAGGCUGUAAAGUUUUUAGAUGAAAAUGAGUCAAGGAUUCGUAAGGAAGUUCAAUUUGUAUCUGGAGAGGAAUUCCAAGUUUGGCGUUGGUUGCCCAACAAUGCUUCCAACUCACCAAAAGCAAGCACUUCUCUAAAAAUGUCCAAGGUUUGGCAGGGUAGCGCAUUUGAAACUAUGGAUGGUUCUGUGAACAGUCCUUCUUGCCCACCAACUCCUUGUCUAAAAAUACGACACAUGUUUGAUCCGGAUGUAGAAUUUGAAGAUGAUUGGGAAACGAGAGUAAAAGAUGCCAUUCUUGAAAAAUGUAAUGAUGGCGUUAAGAUAUUGCACAUUAAAGUUGAUCGUGGAAGUCGAGAAGGAUGCGUGUACAUAAAAUGUAUGUCUCAGGAAGAUGCUGGUCAAGCUUAUAAGGCAUUGCAUGGAUCCUGGUUCGAUGGACACCUAGUGACUGUUAAAUACUUAAGACUGGAGCGUUAUCACGAGCGUUUUCCGGAAGCUGUUACUUUUAAGAUACCUUUGAAGCCAAGUAAUAAUCAACGACUCUCAAUGCAAGCGCACAAUUGGUUAAAUUCGACUGACGCAAAUUGAUUUUUCUUUAUGCUCACAAACGUAUUUUUGAUCAUCUUAACAUUUAUUCCGAUCUAAACAUUGCGAAACGCAUUCAUUGUAAAUCAUGUAAUGUUAAGUAAAUAAAUUGUUAACAAUUUUCUCACUCAUGCGUACAACUGUAGUGUUGUUAAAAUGAAAGUGGUAAUGUUAUUAUUAUUCAGAGAAAAUUACAUUUUGUAUUAAUUCUUAUCAAGUAAUUGUAAAUCGUUUUAUCAUGUACUGACCACUAAAAAAUACAAAUCUAAAGCGAGGUUCGCGUAUACCAUAAGUUUGUAUUAAUAU